GGUGCAAGUGUGCAACUUCCUGUUAGAACUUUCCCACAGUCUCAAAUUUUCUUUGUUUUUCUGUCUAGGUUGAAAUGAGCACGAGCAGAUAGCAAUGCCUCCCAAGUCCCAUCCUUUCACUUGGUCCCGCCUUCUCCUCCACCACCAUUUUGUUCUCAAGAGACACCCGAAACCCUCAGUUCCAAUCCCCACCUUAUUGUCGCGUCAAUGGUCCGCUUUCACUCACUUUCCUUCCCUCCAAACACCUGGAUUCUCCAAAUCAUUCUCCAUGUCUUCGGCUGCAUCAUCCCGUGUUGUCCAGGACCUGUUGGCGGAGGUUGAGCGCGACAGGCAGCGUGAGCGCGAGUCCAGGGUAAGAGCUGGUUUGGACACCACGGACAUUGAUAAAGAAGAUGAGGAGGAUUACAUGGGGGUGGGACCCUUGAUAGAGAAGCUGGAGAAGGAGAAACUCAAGGAGACUGGUGAUUUGAAUCAAUAUGAGGAGCCUACAGAUUCGGAUAGCGAUGAUGACGAUGAGAGGUUCUCCAGGGAAGCUGUGCAAAAGCGGCGCGAGCAAUUUGAAAAGAAGUUUAAGCGUCACGAGGAUUUGCUCAAGCACUUCGCUGAUGCUGAAACACUUGAUGAUGCUUUCAAAUGGAUGAAUAAAAUUGACAAAUUUGAGGAGAAACAUUUUCCACUUCGCCCGGAGUACAGGGUAAUUGGUGACCUGAUGAAUCGCUUAAAAGUUGCAGAAGGAAAGGAUAAAUUCAUCCUUCAACAGAAACUGAAUAGGGCAAUGAGAUUAGUGGAAUGGAAGGAAGCCUACGAUCCCAAUAACCCUGCCAAUUUUGGACUUAUACAGCAUGAGCAAGGUGGCCCUGAUGCCGAUAUGUCAGAGAAUGCUGGAUUUGAAAAGGAAAAGCUAAUGAUACGAGGGGCAGCUGAUGAAGAUGAGGAUGAGGAGUUUGAUGAUAUGAAAGAGAAGGAUGACAUAUUGCUCGAGAAACUCUAUCGUAUUGACAAGAAACUUGAGGAGAAGCUAGCAGAGUUGGAUCAUACAUUUGGAAAGAAGGGAAAGCUUCUGGAAGAGGAGAUCAGAGACCUUGCAGAGGAGAGGAAUGAAUUGACAGAGAAGAAAAGAAGACCUAUGUACAGAAAAGGGUUUGAUGUGAAACCGAUAGAUGUCAUGCGAACCUGUAAAGUCACCAAGGGUGCGAGAAUAUUCAAGUAUACUGUUUUGUUGGCUUGUGGUAACUAUAACGGGGUUGUUGGUUUUGCAAAAGCCAAAGGCCCAGCAAGUCCUAUCGCUCUACAGAAGGCCUAUGAGAAAUGUUUUCAGAACCUCCACUAUGUAGAACGGCAUGAGAACCACACAAUUGCACAUGCAGUACAAACUGAAUAUAAGAAAACUAAGGUUUAUCUCUGGCCAGCCUCAACCACGACAGGUAUGAAAGCUGGAAGAAUUGUCCAAACUAUUCUGCAUUUGGCUGGUUUCAAAAAUGUAAAAUCAAAGGUUGUCGGCUCAAGAAAUCCUCAUAACACAGUUAAGGCAGUCUUUAAAGCGUUGAAUGCUAUUGAAACUCCAAAGGAUGUUCAAGAGAAGUUUGGUCGUACUGUCGUUGAGAAAUACUUGCUGUAAUAUUUUUGCAGGUUUAUGCUUAAAUUUUUCAUGGGUUGAAUCUUCAUUCACAAAUUAAAAUAAGGGGAAAAUGGAAAACUUUGCUCUGAUAGCCGGAUUUAGUUAUAAUUUAUUUUAAUCCUCGCUAUUACGUUGAUUUUGCUUUGUUGGCUGUUUUGGCGUCGCGAUUAUACAAAGGAAAGCAAUAUUUUUUGGGGAACAAUUUGUACCCUAUUAUGUUAUGUUUGUGCUUGUGACAUCCUCUGGAUCAUUGUUGAUUCCUUGUGAAACGGUUUGUAAUAUAUUUUGUACCUUCCACAUAUUCAUCAAUCAGUUUUUACUCCCUA